AUGGUCUCCAACUUGCGCCGGUUGGCUGCAGACCAUGCUGCCCUCCAUGGUGAUAAGCUUCCCCCGUACUACCUCUUCCCACCGGGUGAUGGGCGCUUCGCCGCUGCGGAUGACUUGACCCAAUUGAAUGUGCUCAUCACAGGCCCACGAGGCACUCCGUAUGCGGAUGGCUUGUGGCGACUGCAUUUGAAGAUGCCAGAGGAUUAUCCCAAUAGACCACCCAAGGCUACCUUCCGCACCAAAAUCUGGCACCCGAAUGUGGAGGAGCACACGGGCGCAGUCUGUGUGGAUACCCUCAAGAAGGACUGGCAGUCUAACCUGACUCUGCGCGACGUUCUCGUUACCAUCUCCUGCCUUCUCAUUCAUCCCAACCCAGACUCGGCCCUCAACGCAACUGCCGGAACGCUCCUCAGAGAGGACUAUGAUGAAUUUGCCCACCAAGCCAAGCUGAGGACCUCGAUCCAUGCGCCGAUUCCAGCUACUCUGCAAGGUGCUGUGAAAGAAGCCAAGUAUCGAGGCGAAGAUCCUGGCUCGAUUCCAUCCGACACGGACGAUUCGCAAAACCCUCGCCCAAGAAAACAGCCGCGUCUGCAGUCGAGCAUCCCCAAGAAGACAGUCCGCAGAAUGAACCAGCCAGAUAGCCAUCUGGCACAUGCUGUCGCUGAGCCCUCUCAGUCUACACUACCAGAGAACAACGAGAACGAUGAUGCUAUGGUCGACAGCGAUAAUGAGAGCCUUGCUAAUUCAUCCAAGGAGAACGACCCUUCUCUCUCUCCCACCCCGGUCGAGACCCCACCUCUCAGCCCGCGCAAAAACGCACUCGGCAAGCGCCCACUCUCUAUCAUCUCCACCUCAUAUCCCGAUGACCCUGAUGCGGAUUUGAUGGCUGUCGACUCGGACUCUGAGGAAGAACCCCCUCAGAUGUCUCCCUCGGACCGAAACAUUACCGCCAAUUUCAUCCAUUCGCGGCAAUCUCCCUCCCCGAAGCGCAAGUCCUCCAAGCUCACCUUGAGCAAGGGAAGCAACACCCCUUUCCGCUUGCGUGAGGAUGUCCAGAUCUACGAGGAUGUCCCGGACCGAACUAGAUACAACGGAAAGGAGAACCGUGAAUCUGGCUUUGUGGGCUUAAAGGAGAGACCCGAGAUGCAAGCUGCGAUACCUGGCAAUAGCGUCAGUUCCCUGACCUCAGGACAGAAUCCGACUCUCCCUGCCCCCUCGACCUCUCCCUUGAAGGGCAAACAGCCUUCCAAGGUUACCAAAAAGGUCGGUGGAGGUGCACGCAAGGCUACCGGGACCAAGCCAAAGGCCCGGAUUGGUGUACGCAGACUGUAA